AUGCAACGCGGAACAUCUCCCCUAACACCCGAGUUCGACGAUCUCGUCAACGCCCUCCUCGCCGAAUGGCACGUCCCCGGCACAUCAAUCGCCGUCAUCAAUGGACCGGACACAUUCUCCAAGGGCUACGGCAUAUCCAAAUACCCCAACACGCCGGCCACCCCGCAAACCCUCUACUACACAGCCAGCACCACCAAAUCCUUCACAGCAGCAGCCCUAUCCCUCCUCAUUGACGACGACGACGACGCCGCCACCAACACCACCCAAUCUCCCACCCAAGAGUCCCAGCCCCUAACCUGGACAACGCCCCUCUCAUCCCUCAUCCGCUCCGACUUUGUUCUCCCAGACGCCUAUGCCACUGAACACAUCACCCUCGAAGAUGCCCUCGCCCACCGAACAGGCCUCCCAGAGCACUCCUACCAUUUCCGACCCGACAACUCAGCAACCCCCAAAGACGAGGUCAGAAGACUCCGCCAUCUCCCCAUGACAGCCGCCAUCCGCACGAAAUACAUGUACAACAGUUUCAUGUACACGGCUGUUUCGCACGCGAUCGAAACCCUCACCGGCCGUGACUUGGGUGUCUUCCUCCGGGAAAGAAUCUGGGAUCCGCUCCACAUGGAUGCGACCUAUUGGACGCUCCGUGAUGCGGUGGCUGGUAGUCGGCCGGAUGAGCUGGCUGGGGCGUAUGUCUGGGAUGUCUCUUCUUCUUCUUCUUCUUCUUCUUCUUCUUCUUCUUCUUCUUCUUCUUCUUCUUCUUCUUCUUCUUCUUCUUCUUCUUCUUCUUCUGGUUCUUCCUCGGGAUUCGUCGAGAUCGACCACCCCGAGUACGCGGAGUUGUCAGGAGCCGGGUGCAUGAUUAGCAGUGUAGUAGACUAUGCGAAGUGGCUCCGCUGCAUGAUGGCACAGAGCGGGCCGCUAAGCAGGGCGGGACAUGCCGCGCUGGUGGAGCCGCGGAUUGUGUCCAUGACCGGGGCGACGAAUCUGUUCCCCGGGCCGCAUUUGUACGCGCUCGGGUGGCGGGUGGAUUACUACCGGGGGGAGAAGAUUGUGUGGCACACAGGGAGCAUUGGGGGGUUUGGGUCUCUGAUGAUGUUUCUCCCGGGGCGGGACUGGGGAUUGGUUGCUAUGGGCAAUUCGACGGUGACGAGUAACCAGAUGCAGCAGGUCUUGUAUAUGUAUUUGCUGGAUGGGUUGUUGGGGACGCCGGUGGGCGAGCGGGUGGAUUGGGGGGCGGUUAUUAGGGAGAAGAAGGAGAGGCGGCGGGAGGAGUUGGCUUGCGCGAGAGAACGGCUUUAUCCGGACUUGCCUUGUCCUGUUUUGAGGCCCGCGUUGGAGGUUAGGGAGUAUACUGGGGGUUAUUGGCAUCCUGCGUAUGGGGCUAUGGAUUUGGUGCUUGAUGCUGGGGGGAAGGGGCUCGUUGCGGAUCGCCGGAGUCAGGAGUUUAGUAUGAUGAUUGCGAUGGAGCAUGUUAGUGGGGAGUUUUGGUUGGCGAGGUUGCAGGAGAAGCACAAGGAUCCUCGCGAUUAUGAAGUUGUUCGCGCCGAGUUCAGACUUGGUCCGGAGGGCGUGAGGGAAGUUGGUGUCGAUCUGGAGCCGACGAUGGAUGGGGAGUUGGUCUGGUUUCGGAGGGUGAAUUGA